CUGGCUCCCUGGCGUCGACGGGGUCAACCGCCAUGACGCCAUGCUUUGGAUCCAGUGGAUGGCCUCGGGCGAAGAACUGCAGCUGUCGCCCGAGGACUUCCUUGAGGAGUUAAAGCGGCACCUGCAACGACGCCUGGGCCUUCCACCGCGCUUCCGGCAGAAGAUCUUCGACAGCGAUGCGCAGGGUGAAGCGGCGCCCAUUCAGGACACGGAGCUGUUGGUACCGCCGGUCACCCUGCAGUUGCUGAUCCUCUCCAUCUGUCCACUGGCCCCAGAGGAGCACCGGAAGUUCUUCGAUGCUACGGAACAAGACUGCGAGGAAUCCGUCGAACGUUUUCUGCAAAUUCCAUGUGAUCCAAACCUGCUUGGGAAGCAUCAAGAGACAGCACUGCACUGCGCUGCCUAUCGCAACAGCGUGCGCUGUUGCCGUUUGUUGAUCGAAGCACGUGGGGAUUUGGACACGACCCUUCCCGUCUUUGGAGUGCUCCAAAGAGGAUCGGGACAUACGCCUUUGCACGUGGCAUGCCGCUUUGGACAUCCAGAGAUUGUCAAGCUGUUGCUCGAGGCAAGGGCGGACAAGAACAAAGCUCAUCCCAUGGAUGGAAUCACUCCCUUGUAUAUCGCAGCAGGGGAGCAUCAAUUGGAAAGUUUGCAGCUGUUGAUUCAGCACCAGGCCGAUGUGAACCAGGCCUCUACAGAGCACGGCUUAACCCCGCUGCACUUGGCCGCAGAGGAUGGUGCUCUGCAGGUGUUGGAUUCAUUGCUCGUGGCCAAGGCGCAUCUAGAUCGGCAGGAUCUACGUGGCGCCACAGCACUGCACCUGGCCUGUGAAGAAGGACACGUUGGAGUGGCCUUUCUUCUCAUCGAGGCCAAGGCCAACCUCAACCUGCCCGAGAACACCCGAGGAUCCACCCCGUUACACGUGACCUGUAAGAAGAAUCAACUGGCCACUGCACAGCUGCUGUUAGGGGCAAUGGCUGCACUGGACCCUGUGGACUGCAGAGGAUCGACCCCUCUGCGGGUGGCGUGCCAACGCCGCGCCUUCGCGUUGGCGCGGCUGCUGAUGGCCAGAAAUGCCGACGUGGACAAGGCUUUGAGGACGGAGAGAGCCAGGAAGUUGGACACUUCGCUUUCCCCCAACGUCCUAACGCUCAUCGCCCACGAUGACGCCAACGGGUCGGGCGAGCGCAGCGUUUCGAAGAAGCGCUGCUUCGGCGCCAGCGAGACGGACACGCUGGAGACUGCGGUCGAAAAUUCAAGGGGAAUCCAGUGA